CAUCGAUCGUUAUAGAUCUAUGUCUAUAUAUAUAUAUGUCUAUAUAUAUAUAUAUAUAUAGAAAUAUAUAUAUAUAUAUUUUUUUUUUUGUGUGUGAUAACUUUAAUAACCUUUCUUUUUUCUUUUUCUUUUUAAUUUCUUUCAACUACGCACAAACAGAACGUAAAUUUCUUGCUUAAUGUGGCAAUUGAUUCUGCAAAAAAUCGAAAAAGAAUUAAUCAAUAAAUUUUUUAAAUUACGCAAAUACUUCUCUUCUCCCUCUUCUCAUCAUAGAAAUUGUGUCCAAAAUUUCAAGAGGUUAAUAUUACGCGAAUUUUCUUUUUUUUUUCUUUUCUCUUUUUUUUCUUCCCCCCCCCCCCCACCGAUCGAAUUCUUAUGCAACAGAAACGAUCUUUCAACGUCAUUCCUCGACAUCAAUUAUAAUGAUUAAUCAUUAAUUUAAUAUUAAAAACGUAUGUAAGAUAAUAAUAACUAUCGUCAUUUCGAUUUGACGAAUUUUCGACUGAUUGAAAAAUAUUCGUACUUCUUAAUUGAUAUCAUAGUUAGAUAAUUGUUUUGAAAUUAUACGAAACGCAAAAGAACGUCUUAUCCGUCCGCACAUAUGUAAGUAUAUAUAAGUGAGACAGUGUAUCCCCCACCAAAAAGUGAAUUGUCGACAGAGAGAGAAAAGAGAGAGAGAGAGAGAGAGAGAGAGAGAGAGAGAGAGAUAUCUAAAGUAGUAGGACACUUCUCUCAAUCACCUGUUCAGUCGUGAUUUAAAUUUGUGCCGUACCGAAGCUUAAGUUUUAUACUUUGCAAUAUGUCGUUCCGGGCUACAUUCAUGUGGCUAUUUAUUGUUACGUUAAUCAAUCGUUAUCAGUGCACGGAUAACGUAACCGACGUUACGGAACAAACGCAUACCGAAGAUGCGCUCGCAAAAUUGGUCAGGAUGUUUUCCAAGCCGGGAGCGUUUAAACGGAUUAAUACCUUGUUAGGUGAGAAUUCGAUCGAGGAAUCCUCGACGUCUUGUCCUAAAGGUGAGGAAGGUCUCGAAUGUAGAAGGGCGGAAGCUCGUAGAUCCGUCGAUUGUCCGGAAGGAGACUGUUACUGUCACAAUUGUGCCGCAGCAGGUCCCGAUUUAUGGGCAUCAUGUUGUCGUGAGAGUCUCAGAUGUUGCUCACAUCUUGCCGCUGCUUGUAGAACGUGCGAUCAUCCCACUCUUUAUCCAUUUUGUUCUAAGCACUUUAAAAAGUGUACAAAUCAAAUGAAUCAAAAGAAAUUGACGUAAAGGGCAAUCAUAUUUAACUCUCUCUCUCUCUCUCUCUCUCUCUCUCUCUCUCUCUCUCUCUCUCUCUCUCUCUCUCUCUCUCUCUCUCUCUCUCUUUUUCUCUAUUUUUUUUAGAUUAUAAUUUUUUAACGAAACCGUCCAUUUUUUAUCAUCGUCAUCAUAUUUAUAAUGGGAAUAAAUAAAUACUCUAUAUAUACUCCUAUGUCGUUAAAUUAUAACGAAUAUUAGACGAUUAAAUUUAUAAAAGAAAGAUAGUAUAGUAUAUUUCAACCGGGCAUUGCAUAAUCAAGUCUAUUUACAUCAGGUUUCUAAACAUAUAUAUAUAUAUAUAUAUAUCUAUAUAUAGGGUAUCUUAUUUUAAAUGAUAUGGCCAAAUAUCUUCGAUCUUAUUGAUUUUAUAAAUUUUUAAAUUAUCAAAUUUUCAAGAGAAAAUACAAUAUUUACUGCAGCUAUUUCUUUAUAGGUAUAUGCGAGAUAUAUUUUUUUUUCUUUCUUUUUCUUUUUUUACAGCAAUCGAUGUUACAAAAGUAAUAAAAAUUUUUGAAAAUAUCAAUAAGAUUCUAAAGAAAUAAAUCUUUACAAUUUAUUGAUAUUUCAUUAAAUUAUAACGCCUUCGAAGUUUAAUGAAUUCUCUAAUGACGAUAAAAUGUUUUUAUGAUUAUUGAAGAGCACUGCGCUUGAAAUGAUUACAACUUCAAAAAUAUAUAUAUAUAUAAUUAAAAAAAAAAAAAAAAAUAAAUAAAUAAAUGAGUAAAUAAACAAGAAAAAGAAAAUUUAUUGACGAAUUCAUUGACUAUCAGAUUCUUAGAGAAAAAUUAAUUGUAUUAUUGCGAAAGUUUGUUAGGUGCUCGUUGGAAUUUUAUCGAAAUUCCCUAUAAUUUUUGUUGGGCUCAAAAUAUCCAUUCAAAAAAAAAAAAUUGUUACGAGUUCCAUGUAUUGACAAAAGUAUUCCCUAUGAGAUAAAUGCAGUAAAUAUUACAAUGUUUACCCACCUCAUUAAAAUUUAAUUCAUUUUAUAUAAAACAUUUCUUUAUAAAACUUAUAGAAUAUAGGAGAUAUUUGAUCAUAACGUUUAAAAUCAAACACCCGGUAUACAUAUACGUAACAUAGAUAUAUACGUUCGUGAACCUGGUUAAACAGGUCCUGUUUGCUCUUUCCUCGAGAAAAUUUUCGUUAGAAAAGUAAUCAAAUUAUCGCAAUAAAAGUUGUCUGGAUUAAAGCUACUUUUUCAAAAUAACUAUUAGAGUCGUAUAAUAUAUGUAUAUGUAAAUUUUGAAAAUAAAGUUCUUAAUAAAAUAGAUCUUAUCAUCUUAUUCAUUGCAUUGAAAAUAAAUUUCUUUUAAUAGUAAACGUAAGCAGACAAAAAAAAACUAUAAUAAUAGUGAAAAAAAAGCGAGAAAAAAAACAAUUUUACGAGUUUCUCCAAUGUCAGCUCGCAAAUGGGAGACAUUAUAUAGUAUCAUAAAUUUUUAAAUGAUAAAAGUUUCAAACAGAGAGAGAUACAAAUAUAUUGUAAAUAUGCGGGAUUUUGGAUUUAAGCAUCGAGAGAGUAUUGUGUCGGCUAUUAAGUACACAAUAUAUUUCAAUCGUUAACUGUUUUAUAUAUAUAUAUAUAUAUAUAUAUAUAUAUAUAUAUAUAUAUAUAUAUAUAUAUAUACGCGAAUUACGUUAGUAGUAAAAACUUACAAGAGAUCUUUACCCGUCUCUAACUAUAAAUCGUCAUGGUCUUAAAAUAUACUCCGUUAAACUAAAUCGCGAACAAUGUCAAGUUAUAAACUAUAGUUAAACAGUCUUAUUUGAUGAUCAGAGACGAAAAGAUUAAAUACUUGUUAGUCAAGUGACUUUCACUUUUAUCGGUAAUUCCUUUUUUUUUCUUUUUUCUAUUUUUCUUUCUAUUUUUUUUUUUUUUGAGAUACUUUUUAACGUGUAUGUGUGUGGUACGUGCUUGUGUAUGGUAUGUGUAUGUAUUUGUAUACAUAUAAUAUAAUAUAAAUGAAUAUAUCAAUUACUCUUAGGUACAAUCAUUGACAAGCUUUAUUCGUGUUAUUUUCAGACUAUUCAGUAAUCCGUAAUCACUAAUUAUAUAAGUUUAUGGGGGCAGAAUCGUUCGUCUGCGUUUUAUACGCCUACAUUUCAUUUAGAGACCGAAAUACGAAUUUUGGACUGGACAAGAUUUUCCCUUUCUUUCCAUUGUUUUUUUUUUUUUUUAUUAUUAUUAUUUUCUUUUUUCUUUUUUUUUCAACGACGUGUCGCUUCUCAAAAGAUUUCGUACGUUCAUCGUAUCGUAACGCAAUCUCGAUAACCGGCCGACGUAGUUUUGUUUUCGAGAGCUUUAUAUUUUAUAAUCUGAUUUCUUUUUUCUUUUUUUUUUUUUUUUUUGGUUUUAAGUCUGCAUCCCCCUCCCUCCUCCUUCCCUUUCUCCCAUGAAGCUUUCGAUUGUAUAGCGCUUUUGAAGAAUACAUUAAAAUCCUAAUCCUGCGAUACCGUUCGUUCGUUUUGGCCGCCAUCGUGUACUGCCUAAUGCAAUUAUGGCAUAUGGUUACACACGUUCGCACAUUAUCUUACAUUUCAGCGUCGGUUUACAAAUAUUUUGUUGUUUUUUUUGUUUCUUUUCUUUUCUCUCAUUUUUUUUUUUUUUUUUUUUUUGGUGUUGAAACCAUCACAUUUGUCGAAUACAAAGAUUUCUCUGCGCUUUCACAAGUGCUUAUUUUCUAACAGCACCAUCACGUAGAGCCAAAAAUUCAGACUAGAAGGAAAGGAAAAAAAAAAAAAGAAAAA